AUGAACCUCAGUCCUUUAUGGGAACAUGAAUGUGAUGAAGCGCUAAAUGUUUGCAGUCUGUCGUGUUUUAUUCUAAUGUCUUUGGCUCAGCGGGUUCUUCUCACCUGGAUCUUCACGCUCAUCUUCCUCAUCCUGCUGGUUCUCAAGCUGGAUGGGAAGGUGAAAUGGAGCUGGUUCAUUAUCUUUCUGCCCGUCUGGAUCUUUGACAGCGUGCUGCUGCUGAUGUUGGGUGUGAAAGUGGCCGGUCGGUGUCGGACGGGUCAUGACCCGCGACUGAAGCUCUGGUAUCUGCUGGCUUUAAUGAUGAAGGUUGGAUUCUGUCUGACUCUGUGCGCGCGCCUUGAACACAUGACAAACCUGCGGCUCGUCUUCAUAUGUGUGCCUUUAUGGACGCUCCUGACGGGAGCCAUGAUCGAGCUGGGCUACAACAUCCUCCCACAACACACACACUGAUAUACACACACACAUUUGAUUGAGCUGGGAUACAACAUCCUCCCACAACAUUCACACUGACACCCAACACAGACACACAACACACACUUGAUCAAGCUGGGCUACAACAUCCUCCCACAACACACCUGAUUGAGCUGGGAUACAACAUCCUCCCACAACAGAUACACACACGUGUGAAUGAGUUGGGCUACAACAUCAUCCUGCCUAAGACACUGCAGACACACAAUAGCCUCAGAUUGUUUUUCAACAUUUUAACCAUCUCAUUUUCAUUGGAUUAGAAAAUAACAAAAUGGAAAAAAAUUAUCAACUCUUUAAAGCCUUCGUUUUUCAAAGCUUUGAUUGUGUUUACGUUGUGCAAUAUAAUGUGUUCAUGUUUCAUGUGUGAAAAACCGCAGUAUCAAAUACUCUUACAUUGAUAUCAUAUAUCCGGGAAGUAGAGAGCUGUAGUUCAAACCGGCCGUUCUCUGUAAUCCUGAAAAGUAAAUUCUGUUAAAGAAAAUAUAUCGCUUGGCAUUGAACUUUGAGCUUUAUAAUUUUGCAGGCAUUAUUCAUGCUCUAACAGCAACCUCACACACCAACUAAAGUUUAAAAAAUGGGAUCACGAAAAACAACCGCUUUAAAUGGAGGUACUGUAUAUGAAUAAAACAUUUUUCUUUUUAAAAUUGAAAGUGAAGGUGUUGUUUUUUUUUUGGAAAAUUCUUGUGAUGAACUACACCUGUGGACUGAUAUUUUAUCUUCUAACACAAUGAUUCAGAUGAAUUUAAGCAUCCCAGAAAUUCUUCAGGUCACAACACUCUCAGCAGGUCCCUUCCAGAAACACCUUAAUAUUUUGUACAGGAACACAAAGAAAAUCUGUUGACUGGGAUGUCAGAUUGUGUUAUAAAGACCUACUGUGUCUUUUUAUCCAUUAUAAACAGACAAAUGUUUUUUGUUGCAGUCAAACUUAGUCAAGUUUUCUGUAAAUUUGAAAUAAAAAGCUUCUUAUGUUUCA